AUGACUUGUCGCGCAUUACAUUUCGUAUUUAAAAUAGCCGAGAGAACGAAAACCAUUAAGUUUUUCAGAGAACUUUUGGGAAUGAAAAUAUUGAGGCAUGAAGAAUUCACUCAAGGCUGUGAAGCGGCGUGCAACGGACCAUAUGACAACCGUUGGAGUAAGACUAUGGUCGGAUAUGGACCAGAAGACACUCAUUUUGUAAUUGAACUUACCUACAACUAUGGAGUUGAUGAUUACAAACUUGGAAAUGAUUUCCUUGGAAUAACAUUAAAAUCUUCAAAAGUGUUAGAAAAUGCUAAAUCGCUCAGUUGGCCUGUUGAUGUUGAGGACAAUAUGUCUUAUGUUGUAGCACCGGGAGGAUAUAAGUUUUAUGUGAUUGAUGAACCUCAACCUGUUGAUAAAGAUCCUGUUGUAAAUGUAAUGUUAUCAUCUACAAAUUUGACAAAAUCUAUGAAAUUUUGGAACGGAAUACUUGGCUUGAAUAUUUUCAAUCAAAAUGAAUCUUCAAUAGAAUUAGGAUUUGGUGAAGAUCAAGCUAAAUUGAAAUUAAGAGAUAUUGGAGAGCCUAUUAACCAUGCCACAGGAUAUGGAAGAAUAGCAUUUGCAGUUCCUACAUCUGAGUUAGAAAGUUACCAAGAAAAUGCUAUAAAUAAUCAAUAUAAAAUUUUAACUCCUUUUGUAACCUUAGACACACCAGGAAAAGCUUCAGUUUCUGUUGUGAUUUUUGCUGAUCCUGAUGGUCAUGAAAUAUGUUUUGUUGGAGAUAAAGAAUUUCGUGAGCUAUCUCAGUUUGAUGCAAGUUCUGAAAAGCAAUUAGAUAAAUACAUUGUUAAAGAUGAAGCAAGAAAAUUGAAAAAUUAA